AAUCAAGUCUACAACACGCCGCAAACCUACACGCCACUAUGGGGGCAAAUCAAAGUGACAACAAAGACUCGAACAAGGCAGAAAUGGUGAGGAAGAUCAAAGCGAGGGUCGCCGCAGCAGACCCCAAUAAGGCGAGAGAACUCGGCGGAGUAUUCCUGUUCAACAUUAUCAGAGGCAACUCCGUUUACAGCUGGACAAUGGACCUCAACAAGGUGAUCGUGUACGAGGGUGAACCUGAAGAGGAUGCUGACGUGGUCUUCACACUAAAUGAGCAUUACUUCAAACAGCUUGUGUACGGCAAAGAGGACCCACGAGUCAUAAUGCAGGCUGGCCGCUGUUCCGUCACUGGAGACAUCAUGAGAGCAAUGAAACUGGAACCUUAUAUUAAGAUCGAACAGUGAUCAAAAUCGGAAAUCAAAAGAACAAAC